UUGACGUUGGUUUUCAUCUCACUACGUUUUUGGUUUCGAAAGUAUACGAGGCUGCUAGGGGCUGGGAUUCUUACGCGAACAAUGUCUGCCCAGAGAGAAAUGCCUGGCCUCGCGCCAAAUGCAUGCGCCUCUUGCAAGAUGAGAAAGCGACGAUGCGACAAGAAACUUCCAAGUUGUCUAGAGUGUGCAAAGAAAAGAAGGCGCUGCGAUUACGAUUAUGGCAAAAGGGGUUCACUGUUGGCCUCUGAACAGUCAGAUUCGUUUCAUGAAGACGACAUCUCACCUCGGGCUAUAGCCUCUGCAUCUUACAAAUAUGCACUUCCUUCUUCCAACUUAUCAGCUUUGUUUUUUCUUGAUCCAUCCGUCUUUCACAACCAUAAUAUCGAUGUUCCCAAGCCGUUAGCCAGGCUGCCUAGCUAUAUUACGGGACAGCUCGGCCGCAGUCAGCAACAUGAAGAAAUCGGCAGUCGCUUCUUUAAUACAAUUCAUGCCUGGCUGCCCAUGGUAUCUCGAAAACGAUUUUAUGAGGAUUUAUACAUACAUUCUGAAAACCUCGGCGCCUCUGUCGACUUGGCGUUUUUACUCAUGGGCAUGAAGCUGGUGACAUGGCAGCCAGCUUCAGAAGACGACGUCUUUCCAGAGAAGCAGACAGCUCGAACCACAACAUACCUUGAGACGAAGAGGUUUGGCUUCGAGCUCGAGGCGUCCGGGAUUUUCUCUCUUCGAGUCCUCCAAGGGCUGCUUCUUGUGGCGUUAUAUGAAGUUGGACAUGCAAUUUAUCCCGCCGCGUUCAUGUCUAUAGCAGCGUGUGUUCGAUAUGCACAAGCACUGGGGAUACAGCCAGGAGGGCUGCAGAGACUAAAACUACCGUUAACGUGGGUAGAAGAGGAAGAACGGAAGAGGGUAUGGUGGGCAGCGUUUCUACUUGAUCGAUUUGUUAGCUUGAGCUGUCCCGGGUGUCCAUCUACAAUUGAUGAGCCAGAGCCGGAAGAUCCCCUACCGACGGAUGAUGCGCUUUGGGACGAGGGCGUCAAGAAAGUGCCCUAUUCGCCGCUAUUGAAAAAUCCAGUCAACAUCGAUUUCGGAAGAUUUGCAGUAUUAAUACAGGCCUUUGUCCUCAUGUCAAAAGUGCAACGACUCACGUCCUCUUCACGAGACAUCCCGCCAAAUCUACUAAAAGAAGAGGCGCAACGGCUAGAACGAGCGAUUAAAGCGCUGUAUUAUUUCGGAAGAAUAGAACGCAAGCCGGAAACCGGGGUGCCGAGUUCUGAACUUCAUUCUGUGACUCAGAUUUCCUUAAUAGCAAUAUAUACCCGCUCAGCUAUUCCGAUUGAGAUGCCAGACAAGUUCAUAGAAUCGCUUGCCGAUACUCUGGACGCCCCCGACUAUGAGGACCUUGCCACGGCUGCUCAGCGCGGACAAGAUGAGACUUCUCUUUUUUUAAUCCAGCUGAUAUACCAGACUUCCGUUAUACUUCUGAAAGUCGAAAACCACCAAGAUGGAGAUGGGAGCGUUACAAGAGUAGAGAAGCUCAAGAGCGCCUUAUUAUGGCUAGACAAGAGGUGGAAGCUAGCUGGUGUUUUUUAUCAAGCGUUAGAAGCUCAGCAAAUUGCGUUGUCGAGAGGACUUCAGCGGGCUUAA